AUGGCCAGUUUCGUCUCUAGACUCAACACGACGGUCGCCCAGUCCUUCGUCGGAAAAUGGUUCAUGCUCGAGGGCUCGUCACACCCUCGCCCCCGCGCUGGCACAACCUUCUCGACCGAGCUCCGUGCCGGCUUUGCGACCUUUGUCACCAUGGCCUACAUCAUUUCGGUCAACUCGCUCAUCAUCUCGGAUACUGGCGGACCCUGUGUCUGCGACUAUGAUCCCCUGGACCCAACCAAGGGCGGAGCGGCGACUGGUGCCACUGGUGAUGGAUCUGCCCCUGCUGUUGGAGCGGGAGACAUGAUUGCUUACUGCAGCAGCAACCAAGAGUACACUUCUUGUAUUGAUAUUGUGCGCAAGGAUCUCAUUGUUGCCACUGCUGCCAUGGCUUGCAUUGCCUCAACUGCUAUUGGUAUCUUCUCUAACCUCCCUCUUGGCAUGGCCCCUGGAAUGGGAAUCAACGCAUACUUUACAUACACGGUUGUCGGCAAGUUUGGAAGCGGUAAGAUCAGCUACGGAGUCGCCCUGGCCGCCGUCUUCAUCGAAGGUCUCGUCUUCCUUGUCCUCUCAAUCCUGGGUCUCCGUCAAUGGCUCGCCCGUUCCAUCCCCCGCAACAUCAAGGUUGCCACAGGAGUUGGUAUUGGUCUCUACCUCUGCUUCAUCGGCAUGCAAUCCUCUGCUGGAAUCGGUCUCAUUCGAUCCGACCCUGCCACGCUGGUCGGUCUUGGGGGCUGCGACAGUAAUUACCUUGAUGCCUCGGGAGCCUGUCUUGCUGGAAGGAUGGAAUCCCCCCGGACUUGGAUGGGCGUUUUGGGACUCUUUAUCAUCUCCAUCUUGGUCCUCUAUAAGGUCAAGGGUGCGAUCUUGAUUGGUAUUCUCUUUGUCGCUGUCGUCUCUUGGUUCCGUGGCACCUCGGUUACUUACUUCCCUAAUGACGCGGUGGGCGACAGUCGUUUCAGCUACUUCAAGCAGGUCGUCAGCUUCCAUAGGAUCCAAAAGACCUGGGCUGUCAUGGACUUUCAGCUGAAUACAGGAGAGUUCUGGCUGGCGCUGAUCACCUUCCUAUACGUCGAUAUUCUGGACACCACCGGCACCAUGUUCUCAAUGGCGCAAUUUGCAGGAUUCAUGGAUCCCAAGACGGGUGACUUUGAGGGCUCGACUCCUGCCUUCAUCACCGAUGCCCUCUGUGUCUCCCUGGGCGCAGUCUUUGGUACCUCGGAUGUUACUGCCUUUGUUGAGUCAGGCGCUGGUAUUACCGAGGGUGGUCGCACAGGAUUGACGGCUGUCACAACAGGUGUCUGCUUCUUCAUCUCCCUCUUCUUCUCGCCCAUCUUCUCAGCCAUCCCUCCCUGGGCCACUGGCCCCGCUCUGAUUUUUGUCGGCUCAUUGAUGACCAAGUCGGUGACUGAGAUCAACUUCAACUACAUUGGCGACUCGAUCCCUGCAUUCCUGACCCUGGCCAUGAUGCCCCUGACCUACAACAUUGCCUACGGUCUUCUCGGAGGACUCCUGGCUGCGGUGGUCAUCAACGGAACCGUCUACAUUGUCGAGAAGCUCUCUGGAGGUCGUCUGGUCCCGCCCAACAAGAAUGAGAAGGACCCCGUCAUGCCCUUCAGGAUGGGUCCUCAGGGUGAGGGUGUUCUCCCUCCUUGGCUGGUCCGUUUGAUCCGCAAGUUGAAGGGUCAGGACCCCCUUGAGCAUGCUGAGCAUGGAACUGGGGCUCGUCGUACUCGUACCUCGGAGGAGACCUUGCCUGCUCCCUCUGCUCCUGCGUCGCCCAAGGUCGAUGAGAAGAAGGACAACAUUGGGGUGGACAAGGUCAUACCCGAUCAGUUCGCUGAGAACCCUGCCAGAUUGACUGCAGCUUCUUCGGGUGUUGAACCCACGUCUUCCCGUCGCAUGUCUCACUCACAUCACCGUAAUAGUAUCAGCUCUGACCAUCGCGGAGAGUUGUAA